AUGACGUCCAACUACGUUCAUGGUGGUUCAGGAAUCCAGAACAGUAUGCUUUCGUACACUUUGAAAAAUCUGUCACUCGGGUCCAAUCAACUUACUCAGAUGAAUGAUCAAACUAACUCGAUGUGUAUGACUCCACCGGCUACACAAAUGAAUUUUCUUCGUCCUAUUCCUGGUGCAUCUAGUGAGGCUGUCUUCCCAAGCACACAUCGCCCAGCUUCUGGCCGUACGUUGGGGAUAGCGGAUUUCCUUUCGCUGAAUACCACUUCCACUAACAGACCCUCUGUAUUGUCCACUGUAUCUAUUUCCAAAGCAUCACCCGCCCCACAAAAUGGACAGUCGACGAGAGCUCCUGAAAGGGUGGCUUUAACAUCAAAAGCGGUAGUCCCGGGAAACCAUGGAUUUGCCAGCAUGUUCCGUCCCCGAGGUCCUGGUGUUUCUUCUUCUCGUGUCCUUUCCAACUUACCAGAUAGCCGGCAGAUCCCCUCAAACUCUGAGGUUUGUUCAUCCUUCUUCUCUAAUCGAUUUGGCGGCACAGCCAGCGACAGUCUUACAACGGAUAGAAUAAAUCAUCCAACCGUCACUCACUCUAACUCACCUACAUCUGCAUUUGACAAUAUGUUGACCUCUCCACAUUCGUUUGAAAAUUUUCUACCACCGAAUUUAAGACAGCUAACACAGCCUGGACAAUCUCAUAUACAAAAUUCAUCAGGUUCCUCACUAAACUCCUGUCAAUCUGACACUCCAUUGCCUCCCGAAAUGCGACCUGACACUCACCUCACCCCUUUCAGUGACUCCCAGUGUGUUCUUCCCAUUACUGCCUCUCAAUUCUAUUCCAGUCAUCAUUUUGAAAAUACUAAAAAACUCCAGGCCUCUGGUAGCCUUAAAGUCGCUCCUUGGAUUCUUGUCCCACCAGUUCCUGAGGGCACUGCAGCUCAUAUGAGAACAGGAAGAGUUCAUGAAGCUAAGCCAAACUUGUUCAACAACCCUGCAUUUGGUCCCAUCAUAAUUGAUGAUGACUUCAAGCACGCACUGCACAGUAAACUUCAAGCUUGCUUGUUCAUGGCUGAUGAGUCCAUAAAGGAAAAAUUACCUCGCAACCUAGGAGCUUACACUGACCUCGUUCCUCUAGAAAUUUUAGAUCAACCAAGAGUAUCAGUUACAUUUGGCCUUCCUGGAGUCUGUUUUAAAGCUUGGUCUCCUCGAUUUAGUCGAUAUAUGCUUCUUCGACGCAUAAUUUUACCACCUGAUCAUGAAGCAGCUCUAUCAUCUGAUGCUUUUUAUUUAGCUAAACAACUAUCUGAUUUAAAUCAUUCUGCUAUUGUUGGAUUUCGGGAUGUAUUUUUCACUGAUGCAUUUGCUGAUAACUCGGUUAUCCUGGUUUAUGAAUACAUACCUUGUUCAUCAACUCUACAACAAAUUCAUAUGAGUGAUCCAUUGAAAUUAACUAGUUUUACUUCGCCUUUCAGUAUUGGUCGUACAGUGUUACCUCAUAGUGCCAUAAAAAGUGCUCCAUCUGAUCUCGGAAUGCCUCAUGAGUCUGUUAUGUGGUCAUAUUUAAUUCAAUUAACCAGUGGUUUGCGUUUUAUUCACCAAACAUUUCACCGAUCAUGUGGUAUACUGGAUCCUACUAAAGUGUUAUUACAAGAUGGACCGCGUUUGCGAAUCAAUUGUUUUGGUUUAAAGGAUAUUCUGUUCUAUUCUGCACAAGAUACCAAUUUAGUAGAAAGUCAGGCAGCUGACUUUAUUCAACUUGGCAAAUUAAUGAUAGGAGUUGCUUGUGGUACAGUUGCAGCUGUACAGGCUAGUCAACGGGCUUCUUCAUUCAACCUACUUCAGCGUGCAUACCGACCAGAAUUAGUCACUCUUAUUCGAAGUUUAGUAUCAGGACAGAUAUCAGGAGCAGAUCAACUAAUGCGGGCUACUGCACCAUUUGCAUUCGAUCACUUAACAAGGUUAUAUGAUCAUUCAGAUCUCUUGGAAAGUCAAUUAUUAUUGGAACUGGAAUGUGACAGACUUUUCCGACUCAUCUGUAAACUUCAAUCUAUUGUGGAGCGUUGCGAUCAGGGUACUUCCCCAGAAUGGUCUGAAACAGGUGACCGUUAUAUGUUGAAAUUAUUUCGAGAUUUCGUAUUUCACCAAUCUGAUCCUCUUGGUGCUCCAUACUUAGAUCUUGCACAUAUUAUUACUACAUUGAACAAGGUUGAAGCUGCUUCACCCGAACGUCUUUGUCUAGUCAGCCGUGAUAGUCAAAAUGUGAUUAUUGUCACCUAUUCAGAUAUUAAACAAUGGUUAGAUACAAGCUUUUCUUAUCUAGUGGACAAACAUCGUCAGACAACAGGAGAUCUCCAAUCCUGGAAGUCAACAAUGACUGGAGUAACCAUAAUUAUGAUUUCGUAA